GAGCUUUUUGUUGAUUUUGCAAUCAUUUUGGGAGAAGGCCAUUAGGAGAGGAAACGGAAACGACCAUUGCAGUAAAGAUGGUGAGGUUUAGGACUGUACAUGCUUUGGUUCCCUCUUUUCCGUUUAAGAACUCUUAUCUUGCUUAAGAAAACAAAAGAAAAAAUGUUUCUCAUUUCAAGACCCAAUACCACCUUUACCUUCCUCUGUUUCAUCCACUGUUAUCUUGUUCUUGUUUGCCUUCUUUGGAUGGUUCAUGGUGAAACUCAUCUUCCAUUUCACCCCACAGAGAUUAUUGCUAUUAAUUGCGGCUCUUAUGGCAAUUCAACUUCUUUAGAUGGACGCCAAUGGAUUGGAGAUGCCACUACUAAUAAAUUCUUUGAUAAUGGUAAAUCUAAAAGCUUAAAAACUGUUGAGAAUGCUCUAUCUGCUGUUGGCACUCCCUACUCGACCGCUCGGGUGUCCUAUUCACACUUCACCUACACAUUCCACAGCAUUUCAGGCCCAAUGUUCAUACGCUUGCACUUCUAUCCUACUUCAUACAAGGGUUUCACUAGAUCAAACGCUUUCUUUACAGUUAAAGCCGGUCCUUACACCCUCCUCAGCAACUUCAGCCCUUCCUUGACAGCUGAGGCUUUUGGGUUAAAGUCUAUUGUAAAAGAAUUCUCCUUGCAUGUCGAAGAAAAUAAACCAUUGCGCUUGACAUUCUCGCCAUCUAGAACUUGUUCCUGUGAUGACGAGCUGUAUGCUUUUGUUAAUGGAAUUGAAGUUGUCUCCAUGCCCAAUACCCUUUACUAUACUCCACAAGGUGAUUCAGGGGCAUCCGUUGUUGGACAUAAUCGCCGGUUUCUAAUUGGUAAUAGCUUUGCACUAGAGACUGUACACAGGUUGAAUAUUGGUGGAAUCUCCCUUUUGUCUACACAAGAUACCGGGAUGUUUCGAGAAUGGUCUAGCGACUCCAACUAUUUGGUUGAAUCUGGAUCAUCAAGUCUUUCACCUUUAGCAACAUCAUCGAAUAUCAUCUAUCGGAAAAUUCCCACAUUCAUUGCACCAUCAAAAGUAUAUCAGACAUCCUGGGCAAUGAAGAGUGGCUUCAAACUAUCAUGGAAGUUACCUGUUGAUUUGGGGUUCAGGUACUUGGUUAGAUUCCAUUUCUGCGAGCUUGAUUACCAAAUCAAGGAGAUGGGACAAAGAAAGUUCAGUUUGUUUAUAAAUAAUCAGAUGGCUGAGAGUGAUGGGGAUCUGAUCAAGUGGGCCGGAGGGCAUGGUGUUGCAAUUUAUAUGGAUUACAUAAUGAUGAUGGAUGGAGAUAGAAUGGAGGGUAAGCAUGAUCUGCUUAUAGAUUUUUACUCAAACAUGAUUCCUGAACUUCAGUUAGAAGAAGAAGAACAUGUCGAUACCAUCUUAAAAGGAUUGGAAGUAUUUAAGUUGAGCAAUAAUGACAAGAAUCUUGCUGGGGUGAAUCCAGUGAUUCCUUUAUCUACAAAACCCCGAAGGUUUGCAUCACCUUUCAGUGGUAGAAACAAUAUUUUUACAUUAGUUGUUCUUCUACUGGUAAUUCCGAACAUCAUUGUUUAUUAUUUUCAAAUCUAUAUGGAAAACGCUGAUAACAAAAUUGUCUUUCCAUGCCCACCUGAUGAAAAGGUUGAUAACAAAACUGUCUUUCCCUCCCCACCUGAUGAAGAAAAGGUUGAUAACAAAAAUGCCUUUACAUGCCCACCUGAUGAAAAGGUUGAUAACAAAACUGUCUUUCCAUACCCACCUGAUGAAAAGGUUGAUGACAAAACUGCUUUUCCAUACCCACCUGAUGAAAUGGUUGAAAACCAAAUUGUCUUUCCAAUUCCAUACCCACCUGAAGAACUGUGUCGCCGUUUUUCACUUGCUGAACUGAAAUUCGCAACUAACAACUUUGAUGAUAGAUUAGUUAUAGGAAGAGGAGGGUUUGGUAAGGUCUACAAAGGAAACGUUGCAGGUGUCACCAAAACCGUUGCUAUAAAGCGAUUGAGUUCAAAUUCCAAACAAGGGGCAGAAGAGUUCUGGACAGAGAUUGAGAUAUUUUCCAAGCUUCAACAUGAUCACCUUGUUGCUUUGAUUGGUUAUUGUGAUGAGCAUAAAGAAAUGAUCCUUGUUUAUGAGAACAUGACACGUGGGUCCCUCGCUGAUCAUUUGUAUAAAAGCUAUAAUGAUGGUAAAGGUAGACUUGAACCUCUGCCUUGGAAUAGAAGGCUAAAACUUUGCAUUGAUGCUGCUCGAGGUUUGAGUUUUCUUCAUGAAAGUGAACCCGCCAUCAUACAUAGGGACGUGAAGAGCACUAAUAUUUUGCUGGAUGAGAACUGGGUGGCGAAGAUUUCUGAUUUUGGAUUGUGCAGAAAGUUCAGGUUUAGCCAUUCAUGCACCCAUGUGAGCACAUCAGUAAAAGGAACAUUUGGAUAUCUAGACCCAAAGUAUUUCUUAAAUGGGGAGCUGACCAUGAAAACAGACGUUUAUGCCUUUGGAGUUGUUCUGUGGGAAGUUCUUUGUGGAAGACCGGCUAUAGACAUAAGAUUUGAGGACGAGCAACGAAGUCUAGCCUUAUGGGCCCAAAGUUGCUUUGAAGAUGGAAUUCUUGGCCAUAUUGUUGACCCUUCUUUGAGAGGCCAAAUACCUGUUUCCUCCUUGAAAUUGAUUUCAACAAUUGCCAGUCAGUGCUUACAUAACCAUCUCAAAAAAAGACCUUCUAUGGCUGAUAUUGUUUCCCGCCUUAAUUCAGAACUUGAUUCUUUAAAUAACUUGGAUAAGCUCAAGGUACCGGAAUUUGGAUCAUGGAAUGAUGAAAAUGAUCCUCGACUUACAGAAGUAAAUUAUGUUCCUGUCCUGCCGCAAAACUUAAGUAAACAAGGGGAUAUUGGUGGACCUGUCGUUACUAGAAGCCAUGUGGAAGUGCAGUUAAAAAUAUACAGUUUUAAUGAUAUGAAGAGAGCUACACAAGACUUUCAUAACUAUUUGGGUCAAGGAGGUUUUGGGAAUGUCUAUAGGGGUUGGGUCAAUGAAAAGACACUUAAACCUUGCAAGCCUGGUAGAGGAAUUUCUGUAGCCAUCAAGAAACUUGAUAUUGGAGGCAUGCAGGGCAAUGAAGAGUGGAAGGCGGAAGUGAAUGUUUUGGGAAGGAUAUCAUCUCGUCAUCCUAACUUGGUCAAAAUGUUUGGCUACUGUAUGGAAAAGAGACAACACUGUCUGGUAUAUGAAUUUGUGGAGAAUGGGAGUUUGGACAAGCAUCUUUUCACAAAAGGUUCUAUUUCUAAACGGCUUUCUUGGGAUAUCCGACUCAAGAUAGCUAUAGGUGCUGCCCAAGGCCUUGCUUUCUUGCACACUUCAAAACCGUCGAUAAUAGUGAGGGACGUCAAAUCAUCUAAUAUACUGCUUGACAAGGACUACAAUGCAAAACUGUCAGACUUUGGCUUGGCAAAAGAUGGGCCAUCCGAUUACUCCACCCAUGUCUCAACAAGAGUGGUGGGUACUAUCGGCUAUGCAGCUCCAGAAUACAUGUUAACAGGUCAUCUAACUACAAAGAGCGAUGUAUACUGUUUUGGUGUAUUGCUUCUGGAGAUAUUUACAGGAUCGCGUGUCUUUGAUAAUAAUCGGCAGCCAGAACAACAAUACUUGGUUGAUUGGGCAAUGCCCUAUCUUGACAGCGAAAGGAUAAGAUCCAUUUUGGAUGUCCAGAUUGAGGGGCAGUAUUCGCUUGUGGGAGCUGUAAAGGCAGGUAAAAUGAUCCAAAGAUGUCUGAAUGAAAAACCAAAGGAAAGACCCUCAAUGAAGGAAGUUGUAGAAACUUUGGAAGAAAUAGCAGCAACAGUUGAAGGAAAAACAAUGUCUGAGCUGCAUACAACAUCAGAAUCUUCCCCAGAUGGGAGGAGUAUUCACGUGGAUACAACAGAACCACCAACCAAUGCAGCAAAGCCAAAAUUGUCCAGGUUCUUUAGUCGACUACUAUUCAAAUCAAAAUGCAACCUUAAUCCCUUUAGAUUAAACUAAACUAAAGCUAAACCAGUUAUUUUAAUGGGUAUUAUUUUUUAAA